UGGAGGUGUGUCAAGAUGGCGGCGCCUUUGCGGAUUCAGAGCGACUGGGCCCAAGCCCUCAGAAGAGCUAUCCCGAGGCUAAGGGAACACAUAAGCGCUGUGAGAUUCCAGCAUCAGAACGAGGAUCAAUGAGUUGGACAAAGACAGGACAGCUGGGAGGCAGGAGGCCCAGGAAGGAUGAAGGGGAGGCCUGGCUGAGCUGUCACCCCCCAGGAAAACCAACUUUGUAUGGCAGCCUAACUUGUCAAGGAAUGGGCCUCGAUGGUAUCCCAGAGAUUACAGCUUCGGAAGGAUUUGUUGUGAAUGAAAUAAGCAAGAAAAGCAUUCAUAUUUCAUGUCCAAAGGAAAAUGCAUCUUCAAAGUUUUUGACACCAUACACUACUUUUUCCAGAAUUCAUGCAAAGAGUAUAACAUGCCUGGACAUUUCCAGUGGAGGAGGCCUUGGUGUGUCUUCUAGUGCUGAUGGGAGCAUGAAAAUCUGGCAGGCUUCCAAUGGAGAACUCAGAAGAGUAUUGGAAGGACAUGUGUUUGAUGUGAAUUGUUGCAGGUUUUUCCCAUCAGGCCUUGUGGUUCUGAGUGGGGGAAUGGAUGCCCAGCUGAAGAUCUGGUCAGCUGAAGAUGCUAGCUGCGUGGCAACCUUCAAAGGUCACAAAGGAGGUAUCCUAGAUACAGCCAUUGUUGAUCGGGGGAGGAAUGUGGUAUCUGGUUCUCGAGAUGGAACAGCACGACUUUGGGAUUGUGGGCGCUCAGCCUGCCUGGGAGUCAUUGCAGACUGUGGUUCUUCCAUCAAUGGAGUGGCUGUGGGUGCUGCUGACAACUCCAUCAACCUCGGCUGCCCUGAGCAGAUGCCCAGUGAACGGGAGGUUGGAACAGAAUCGAAAAUGCUGCUGUUGGCCCGGGAAGAUAAGAAGCUUCAGUGCUUGGGACUACAGAGCAGGCAGCCGGUAUUCCUCUUUAUUGGCUCAGAUGCCUUCAACUGCUGUACUUUUCUCUCUGGCUUCUUGCUGUUGGCUGGGACACAGGAUGGAAACAUUUAUCAGCUGGAUGUGAGGAGUCCAAGGGCUCCAGUACAAGUCAUCCACAGAUCAGGAGCACCAGUUCUAUCCCUGCUGAGAUUCAGAGACGGAUUCAUUGCUAGCCAAGGUGAUGGAAGCUGCUUCAUUGUCCAGCAGGACUUGGACUAUGUCAUUGAGCUCACUGGGGCUGACUGUGACCCUGUGUACAAGGUCGCCACAUGGGAGAAGCAGAUGUACACAUGCUGUCGAGAUGGUCUCGUGCGGCGCUAUCAGCUCUCUGACCUCUGAUUCCUGUGAAGGAGGAGUCCGUUAAUGAAAACGAUUGACCAUGACCAACAGUGAGCAGAAACAUCAUCAGUUCUUCCCGAGGCCCGUGCUCUUUGUUGUCGUGGGCGCCCUUCGGAAGUCACAGAGUCAGCUACAUUGGCCACGUGGAACUACUGUUCCACACAAGACUAAUGUGAACUGAGUAAGAAGCUCACCUGUGCUCACUGCAUUUGCCCGACUUCUCCUUCUAUAAACUCACCGCAGCAACACAGGGAAGGUGAUGGGUUGCUUACGGUUUGAUCGCACAUCUGUUGUGUUAAAUGUUUAGAGGACCAGGGGACCAAAACCUGUCUCUGAAGGGAAUAAAGAGAGUAUGUUUGGAGGAGUCAGAAUUUGAAAACUUGUUAAAUGUUCUUAUUCCAGCAGAAAGUCAGUCAGGCUGAUGGAACUCCUUUCUCAGGCACUUCCUGUUGGCCUGGUCUUAGAGGAGGACUGUUGACAUGAGCAGUAAAGAUCCCACAGGCAGCAUUCUGGGAAAGACUUUUGUACAGGUAGGAUGACUACCAUCCCAGUUUUCCUUGUACUGAGGGGUUUUCGGCUACCUGUGGCUUUCAGUCCCAGCAAACCAAGCUGGUCUGUCAGCCUAUAGACAGGUGAUGAAGUUGAAUCAAAACAUUGUAAAGGCAGUGGCUGUGAAAGUGGUCCCUAGAGCAGCUUCUUAGUAUCACCAGGGAAUUAGAAAUAAAAAUUCUUGAGCCCACCUCAGACCUAAAUCAGAAAUUCUAUGGGUAGGGCCUACAAUCUAUUUUAACAAGCCUUCCAUGAUCCUGAAGCAUGCUGAAGUUUGAGAUCUAGAGAAAGAGAUGGUAUAGGGCACUUUCUUCAGAGAUGGAACCCAGGGCUCCUAGGAUGGCCAGGCUGGUCUGUAGGGGAUGAGGCUGGAGAGGCUGGCAGCGCCCGAAUAGUGAAGGAGCUUGAAUGCCAGAUGGGGAGCUUGAACUGCACUUGCCUGGCAGUGGGGAGUCAUGAAGGGGCUUUUAAGCAAAAGUGUGUUAUGGUUACUUCUUUUUUUCUCUAAACAUAAAAAUGGAAUCAUUAUGUGUUCUGUGGCUUAUUUUCACUUAGUAUCUUAGUUCUUUUACAUUUAGACCUUCAUUCUUUUUAACAAUUUCCAGAACAUGAAAGCCAUAUCAUUUACAUUUUAGAGAUUAUUAAAGAAAAAGUUUGGAGCUUACAACACUUGAGUUGAGCCAUGUGGCUGAGCUCUGGAAUUUAUUUAAGGGAAGAAGGUAAUUCCUGGCUCAGGUAACAGUCUGGUUUACAGAGUUCUUAAAGGCAUGUUCUCAUGUAGUCUUUUGCUACCUUGUGACAUACCAGUAGUGAGACUCAGAGAGAUGAAGUGAUUUGCCCGGGGUCAUAGAGAGCAGGAACUUGAACAGUUUAUCUUAACUUUAAAUGCCAUUUUUUUUUCUACCUGUUGCUAAUGCCUAAACAAAAUUGUGAAAAUAAAAUAUUGUCAUUCAUUGAGUAUCUACUAGUAAUCUACUCUGUUCUAGGUUCUAUCUGUGUAUAUUUAAUCCUUACAACAUGGUUAAAAAGGAAGAUAUUCCUGUUUUACAAAUAAGGAAAUUGAGGCUCAGCAUUAAGUACCAGAGCCUUGAUUUGGACCUUGCUCAGUCUGUCUCCAAGGCCUGUGCUCCUUCCACCUAAGCAUGUGGCCACGAGACCUGGGACUAGAGCUAUUUCACUGAAGAAGUGAUCUGUGAUAGGCUCAGGUGAUCUGAAGAGGCAUAUUCCCGAGCUGAGAAACAUCGACUCCUAGGAAGUCCAAGGGGACCUCUCAGAAGUCAGAUUAAGAAGCCAGGAUGGCCCUGGCUGGUCUGGCUCAGUUGGUUAGAGCAUUGUCCUGGUACACCAGGUUCAAUCCCUGGUUAGGGUACACACUAGAAUCAACAAAUGAAUACACAAAUAAGUAGAACAACAAAUUGAUAUUCCUUCCUCCCACGCCCCCACUCUCAAAAAAGAAAGAAAAGAAAACAGGAUUAUGGCUUGAGUUCAUCACAUGGCCAGUGUGUCUGAGUUCCCAUUCUUGGACUCACUCUUCUCCAUUGCUAUCGCAUUCAUAACGCCCUUUCCAUAGGUCUCCAAAGUGGAUAUCCUGGUUGUGGUGGAUGCAGUGACCUUGAGAGCUGCUGUGAAAUCCACACCCAAGCCUUGUCCACUGUGAAUGGACUGAUCCCCAGUUUGUAAGAGACAAAGCUUACUUUUUCUUUUGGAUUAAGUAGUGCAUUCUGGGUAAGGAAGGGUGCACUACCCCCAUCCGCAGCACUGCAGGCCCAGUGAAACUCUGCUAGACCUUGUUUCUUGGUUUUCAGAUGCCCCCUUGUGACUUACUGUGAGAAGUGCCUCUGUUUCUCAAGCUGACAAUGGCAUCAGCUAUGGAGCAAGGACUCCGUACCAAGCACAGUCCUCACAAUAGCCUUGCAAAGUAAGGUUUAUUUUAAACAAUGUGGAUAUAUUUUAUAUUUUUUUCUAAUUUAAUUUAUAUUUUGAAAUAAUUUCAAACUUACAAAUAAGUUGCAAGAAUAGUACAAAGGAUUCUAAUCACCCAGAUCUCCCAGUAUUUAACUUUUUAUUGUUUACUUUAUCACUCUCCCCUCCCCCCUUCUUUCUCUUUCUGGCUUGUGAGUGCACUGCUGCCCUCAAGGAGAUGAAGCAGAACGUCCCACUCUUCUUUU